AUGUUCCGCAUCGACUGGCAGACGGUGCAGAUAGGCCGUCCGUUCGCCGCGCUGCUCGACAACGGCCGGGUCUUCUCUCUCACCGACGAGAAUAUCUUUUCUGUUCUCGACGCAACGACGGGGUCGGUGUUGUACCGUUUCCAGUCACCGGACCCGAUCUCCCAUGACUCGCUGCUACUCGCCGCGUGGGACGAGCUUGUUGCUUCGGGCCUGAAUUCAGAAACAGGACCGUCGCGGCUGGUGUUCUGGACUAAAGAAGGCCUCGUCGACCACGAGCUCGAGGUGGGCCCAAUUGCCGGCAUUCACAGCGUCAGAGACGAGUCACUUCUCGUGGUGCAGAAAGACGGCUCCGUUUUGCAAGUCGCCAAGGACUACACGGUCGAAACCAUUGAGAAGCUCGGGCCCGUCAGUGCAAGCAAACUGGCCUCGUUUGCCAACGAUCUGGUGCUCGUUGCAAAAACAGCCUCGAAAACAGCAUACAAGGUGCUUGGCGGCGAAGAGGGCAUCCUCGGCUGUAAGUUUGAGUCGAUCCUCGUCACAGGUGACGAAAUCGUCUGCAACAAAGACGCUUACUCGCCGGAAAACGGCAAGCUGGCUAAACACAAGAAUUCCGCACUGUCGUCCAUCGCAGCGGGCGAGGAGCUCGCGCGCGUGGUCAAUUUCCAAUACCUGGCCACUCUCGGUGAUCAAGUGAGUGUCUACGACUUGGAUGAGCUGAAAGGCCCGUCCAAAAGCUACCCAUGGACAGCAGGUACUACGGACUUGGUCGAGUUCGGCACAAUAGACGACAAGCUGGCGAUCUUUGCAGUCACCGGUCCUUACAUCCAGUUCUACCUGGACGGCGAGCUGCUCUGGGCCAGGGACGAGUCGCUGGCCAGAAUUCAGGACGUGGUGGUGGCUGAUCGCCAUGAGAAACUUAGUGUGUCCACCUUCGAUCUGAUUCACGAAAACCAAUGGUCUGGAUACAUUGACAGAUUGAAGCGCAACUUCUACCUUCUCUCCAAUCACAAACCUAUCGACACACAGAUGCACUUUGGAUUCAAUAAGUCGAUCAUUGUCCUGACUGAAAAUGGAAACUUGUACGGCUACGAUUCGUACGGCAAACAGGAAUGGGCCAUCAAGGACAGGGGGUUCAGCAAGAUCGCAGUGGAGGGAGAUUUUGUUUACGCGUUCAACGACAAGACGUAUGUUGUUGCCGAUGGAACUCUUCAUCCUGCUGACUUCAAACUAGAGCAACCAGCUGAAUACCCUCCAAACAUUGACGAGUCUUUCCGUCUGAUUACAACUGAAAAACGGUCGUACGACAACGUGCAAGUUGCGUCGCCUGCUGUUGUUCUGGGAACCAGAAGAGUCUUGUACAAAUAUCUUCAUCCAAACACAGCACUGGCAGCUUUCUACAAUGAUGAGACAGAGUCGCUCAAACUUGUUGUUUACAACGAGGCCACAAACCAGACGUAUGCGUCGUUUAUCCACUCGACAAACAACCCAGACUCGUUAAACUUGGAUUUCGAAGAAAACUUCAUUAUAUUUACAACGACUGAGAAAAACGCUCCUACCAGCGUUAUUGGUGUGAUCGAGCUAUACGAGUCGCUCACUCCUGACGAGCGGUCGAAGUCGCCGGAGGCCCAGCUGCGCACGUACAUUUUCCCUGCGCGGAUCAGUGCGCUCACGGUGACCAGAACCAAGUAUAACAUUACCUCCAAAUGGUUGAUUCUUGCAUUGGAGACGGGCGAGGUGGUGGCGGUGCCGCGCACCGUUGCGAGCGCCAGACGGCCGUACGGCAGCUUGGACGCAGACCAGAAGGAAGAGUUCCAGCUGUUCAAGUAUCAACCGGUAGUGCCAUUGAACCCGAAAACCACGCUGUCUCAUUUCCGCAAGCUUGUCGGAAUCAACAAGCUUGUUUCUGUUCCCACCGAGCUGGAGUCGACCUCGCUGGUGAUUGCCUCGGGAACCGACCUGUUUGUGACGUUUGUGCGGCCGUCGAGCUCUUUCGACUCGAUGAGAAGCGACUUCAGCAAGCAGACGCUGCUGGCCACAAUGGUGGUGUUGCUGCUCUCGAUUCUUGUUGUUCGCCCGAUGGUAGACCGCAAGCGGGUCGCGGACGUGUGGGUGACCCGGACCUAG